GUCAGUUCGCUUCCUGUCUCCCAGCACCGUCGGUAUGGCGGAGGAAGGCGCUGUCACAGUCUGCGUACGAGUACGGCCGCUCAUUAGCAGAGAACAAGAUCUUGGAGAUGCUACCCAGCUUCACUGGAAGACUGAAGAUAGACUCAUUUCUCAAAUCGAUGGAACAAGAUCCUUUAGUUUUGAUCGUGUGUUUCAUUCCAAUGAUACUACGGAAAAGGUAUAUGAAGAAAUAGCAGUACCAAUUAUAUGCUCUGCCAUACAGGGUUAUAAUGGUACAAUAUUUGCAUAUGGACAGACUGCUUCAGGAAAAACCUAUACAAUGAUGGGUUCAGCAGAUGGUUUGGGUGUAAUACCUAAAGCAAUUAAUGAUAUUUUCAAAAAGAUUAAGGAGAUUCCUGAAAGAGAAUUUCUAUUACGUGUAUCUUAUAUGGAAAUUUAUAAUGAAACUGUAACAGAUUUACUCUGUGACACCAGGAAAAUGAAACCUUUAGAAAUUCGGGAAGAUUUCAAUAGAAAUGUGUAUGUAGCUGAUCUCACAGAAGAGGUGGUCUCCACACCAGAACUGGCUCUGCAGUGGAUCAAGAAAGGCGAAAGAAACAGGCACUAUGGAAAAACAAAAAUGAAUCAGAGAAGUAGUCGUUCUCAUACAAUUUUCAAAAUGAUAUUGGAAAGCAGAGAAAAAGGUGACCCUUCUAACUGUGAUGGAGCUGUCAUGGUGUCUCAUUUGAAUCUGGUUGAUCUUGCAGGCAGUGAAAGAGCCAGUCAGACAGGAUCUGAAGGUGUUCGACUCAAAGAAGGCUGCAAUAUUAAUAGGAGCUUGUUUAUAUUGGGACAAGUGAUCAAGAAGCUGAGCGAUGGACAAGCUGGAGGUUUCAUAAACUAUCGAGACAGCAAAUUGACUCGGAUUCUCCAGAAUUCUUUGGGAGGAAAUGCAAAAACACUUAUUAUCUGCACUAUCACUCCUGUAUCUCUUGAUGAAACACUCAGUACUCUCCAGUUUGCCAGUACUGCUAAAUAUAUGAAGAAUACACCUCAUGUUAAUGAGGUGUUGGAUGAUGAAGCUCUCUUGAAAAGAUAUCGGAAGGAAAUAAUAGAUUUGAAAAAACAACUAGAGGAGGUUUCUUCAGAGACUCGUGUCCAAGCAAUGGAGAAAGAUCAAUUAGCUCAACUUUUGGAAGAAAAAGACUUGCUUCAAAAAGUACAAUAUGACAAAAUUCAGAAUUUAACACAGAUGUUGGUGACCUCUUCUUCCAUCACAUUACAGCAGGAUCUAAAGGCGAAAAAAAAACGAAGAGUUACUUGGUGCCCUGGCAAAAUGAACAAAAUGAAAGAUAUUGGCUAUCUAGAUGACUUUGAUACAAUGAAGACCGCUGUGGCCAGACCAGUCAAGCCUAUUAUACCUUCCAUAGUAGAAACUGAUGACUCUAUCUGUUCAGAGUUUGAUCUGUUCAGUAACACUCUUGAAACAAUAUCUGAAGCGGAGUGGAAUCCGGCAACAAAGCUAAAUCAGAUUCAGGAACAAGAUUUAUUGGAUUCUGUUCAACUCUGUGAAACAAUAAUAUCAGAAAAGGAGACUGUGCAGAAUGAGUUGAAUUCACUGCGUGCUAACUUUGAUAAUCUGGUAUUAGAUUAUGAACAGCUACAAAGAAAAAAGGCAGAAAUGGAAUUGAAAUUAAAUGAAAAGCUUGAGUUAGAUGAAUUUGUGACUCUGGAAAUGCAAACUCUAAAGGAACAGGAGAAGGAACUAAAUUUAAAAUCACAGCUGCUCAAAGAAAAGGAAGAACAAAUCAAGGAGCUACAGAAACUUUUAGAAUUACAGAGGAUAGAAAAUAUGAAAAUGAACCUCUCUAGUUCAGUGGAAAAUGGUGAGAAGUUAUAUAUAGAGGAACUAAAGCAUUUAAAGCAGUCUCUCUCUGACACUGAAACCAUAGCCCUGGAUGCCAAGAAAGAAACAGCAUUUCUUAAAAGUGAGAAUCAGGAUCUGAAAGAAAAAAUGGAGGAACUGUCAAGUAGAUGCAAGCAACUGGAAAAGGAGAAUCAUCUGUAUCAAAGUCAGUUGGAAGAAAGAAAAGACAGUUCCAAAAGAAGGCAGGCUGAUCUAGAGAGAGAGUUACAAUCUGCUUUUAAUGAAAUCACAAAGCUGACUUCAAUUAUUGAUGGCAAAUAUCCAAAAGAUUUGCUCCUUGCAGUGGAAUUGGAAAAAAAGGUUAAAGAUCUCCAAAAAGACUUGGAUAAAGAGAUUGAAGAAAAUGCAGCCUUGCAAAAAGAAAUUGAUCUACUGUCUGAAUUGAAGUCUUUACCUACCGAGCUAGAAACUCUGAGGAAAGAGAAACUUGAAAAAUCUGAAGAGCUGGAUUUGAUAAUGGCAGAAAAGGAUAAACUACUGGCCGAAGUAGCUUAUAAGGACAAUAGACUUCAAGAACUACUUGGUGAGAUUGAGAAAACCAAAGAAGAGCUAGCAGCUGCUCAGUCAAAUCAUAAAACCACCACUCAGGAAUACCAAGAUUUCAAACAAUAUCAUGGAGAGUUGGAAAAAAAUUAUUUUACUAUGAUUGAAGAUAUUGAGAAAAUGAAACAUCAGAUUAUAACUAUAUCAGAAGAAGCUCAUCAAGUUGUUUUAGAUUUGGAUGAUUUGGUUAACGAACCAAGCAUCGAGACCCUUGAACAAGAAAAACUUCUUAAAGUAAGAGAAGAACUUUGUAAGGCUCAGCAGAAGUUGGAAGAGCAACUGAGCAGUGGGAAUUCCGGGCUGAGGACUGUAGAGAUGGAAAGGCUGUUACUUACUGAGAAACCUCAUGAGAGUCUUGGAGGAAGUCCUACUACAUGUGAAAAAGAUGAUCUAAAACAAUCUCAAGAGAGCUUACAGAGGGAGAAAAACCAGCUCAAAGAUUCUCAGGAUUCCGCAAACUUGAACACAAGUACCCAGGAGGAACUUAGUAAUGCUUCUGAAUCUCUGAAAUGUCGGGAAAUUAUGAACACUUCGAGCAUUUCCACAAGAGAGUUGAAUUAUUCAGAUGUUCAAGGAACACAAAAUGAAACACUUCAUGAAUUGCAAGGAAAGGCCAUCAAGCCAGAUGAAGGACAAAAUUUGGAGGCUCCAAGAAAUCUUGUACCUCUAACAGACUAUGAAAAGGAUAAUGAAUUACUUCAACAACAGAUUUCCUCCUUAAUACAGGAAAAAAAUCAACUCCAGCAAAUAUUGGAGUGUGUUACAGCUGAAAAGGAUCAAUUGAAAACUGAUCUAGAGGAAAAUAUCGAAAUGAGUAUUGAAAAUCAAGAAGAAUUAAGAAAUAUGGGAGCAGCACUUAAAAAGCAACAAGAGACAGUCAUCAAAGAAAGGAAGAAAACUGCAGAGAAAGAGGGAGAGCUUUUGAGAACUCAGGAGAUAUUGGCAGAAACUGAAGAGAAACUCAAUGAAAAGAUCCAAGAACUUGAAGAAAAAGAGGAGCAAAUAUUAAAUGUUAGAAAAGAAGUUAUUGAGGUUCAGGAGAAAGUAAAUGAGAUGGAGCAAUUAAGGAACCAAUUAAAAUCCAAAACUUCCACUCUGGAGACAGUAGAAAUGGAGAACUUGGAACUGGCUCAAAAACUCCAAGUGAGUCUGGAAGAAACAGCAUCAAUAACCAAGGAAAUAAAUGAACUGAAGAAGACACAAAUGGCUCUCCAAUUAGAGAAAGACCAACUUGAAGAAAAUAUCAGAGAAGUUUUAACUAAAGGUCUAGAAACACAAGAAGAACUAAAAAUUGCUAAGAUAUAUCUGAAGGAACACCAAGAGACAAUUAAUAAAUUGAAAGAAUACAUCACAGAGAGGGCAGCUCAAGGGUUAAAUGACCAAGAAUAUGUAGAGAAAGUCAAUGCUGAACUUCAAGGAAAGAUUCAAGAACUUCAGGGAAAACAAGAGCAAGUUUUUAAUAUCAGAGAGGAAAUCGCUGAAUCCCAGGAAAAAGUGAAUGAGAUGGAACAUUUGAAGGAGCAAUUAAAAUCCAAGGACUCUAUCCUGCAGAGGAUAGAGAUAGAAAACCUGGAGCUGGCUCAAAAACUCCAGGCCAGUCUUGAAGAAACAACAUCUGUAUCUGAUGAGAGAGAUGAGUUGAUAAAGACACUGAUGGCUCAUCAAGAAGAGAGCCAUCAACUGAAACAAAACAUAAGAGACCUUGAAGCUAAGGGUCUGGAAACACAAGAAGAACUGAAAAUUGCUCAGAUGAAUCUGAAGGAGCACCAAGAAACAAUUGACAAACUCAAAGACUGUAUUUCAGAGAAGACAGCUCAAGUGUCAGAGACUCAAGAAGCUCUAGAGAAAACUAAUGCUGAACUGCAGAGAAGGAAGAUUCAAGAACUUGAGGAGAAAAAGGAGCAAGUCUUUAAUGUCAGAGAAGAAGUCACUGAAUCUCAGGAAAAAGUGAAUGAGGUAGAACAUUUGAAGGAACAGUUAAAAUCCAAAGAUUCUACCCUGGAGAGGAUGGAGAUGGAAAACCUGGAGCUGGCUCAGAAACUCCAGGCCAGUGUUGAAGAAACAACAUCUGUAACUGAGGAGAGAGAUGCCUUGUCAAAGGCACAGGAAGCUCUUCACAUAGAGAGAGACCAGCUGAAAGAAACCAUAAGGGACCUUGUAGCUAAGGAUCUGGAAAGACAAGAAGAACUGAAAAUUGCUCAGAUGAACCUGAAGGAGCACCUAGAAACAAUUGACAAACUAAAAGACUGUGUUUCAGAGAAGACAGCUCAAGUGUUAGAGACUCAAGAAGCUCUAGAGAAAACUAAUGCUGAACUGCAGAAAAGGAUUCAAGAACUUCAGGAGAAAAAGGAGCAAGUUUUUAAUGUCAGAGAAGAAGUCACUGAAUCUCAGGAAAAAGUGAAUGAGGUAGAACAUUUGAAGGAACAGUUAAAAUCCAAAGAUUCUACCCUGGAGAGGAUGGAGAUGGAAAACCUGGAGAGAGACCAAUUGAAAGAAACCAUAAGGGACCUUGUAGCUAAGGAUCUGGAAACACAAGAAGAACUGAAAAUUGCUCAGAUGAAUCUGAAGGAGCACCAAGAAACAAUUGACAAACUCAAAGACUGUAUUUCAGAGAAGACAGCUCAAGUGUCAGAGACUCAAGAAGCUCUAGAGAAAACUAAUGCUGAACUGCAGAGAAGGAUUCAAGAACUUGAGGAGAAAAAGGAGCAAGUCUUUAAUGUCAGAGAAGAAGUCACUGAAUCUCAGGAAAAAGUGAAUGAGGUAGAACAUUUGAAGGAACAGUUAAAAUCCAAAGAUUCUACCCUGGAGAGGAUGGAGAUGGAAAACCUGGAGCUGGCUCAGAAACUCCAGGCCAGUGUUGAAGAAACAACAUCUGUAACUGAGGAGAGAGAUGCCUUGUCAAAGGCACAGGAAGCUCUUCACAUAGAGAGAGACCAGCUGAAAGAAACCAUAAGGGACCUUGUAGCUAAGGAUCUGGAAAGACAAGAAGAACUGAAAAUUGCUCAGAUGAACCUGAAGGAGCACCAAGAGACAAUUGACAAACUAAAAGACUGUGUUUCAGAGAAGACAGCUCAAGUGUCAGAGACCCAAGAAGCUCUAGAGAAAACUAAUGCUGAACUGCAGAGAAGGAUUCAUGAGCUUCAGGAGAAAAAGGAGCAAGUUUUUAAUGUCAAAGAAGAAAUCACUGAAUCCCAGGAAAAAGUGAAUGAGAUGGAACAUUUGAAGGAGCAAUUAAAAUCCAAGGACUCUAUCCUGCAGAGGAUAGAGAUAGAAAACCUGGAGCUGGCUCAAAAACUCCAGGCCAGUCUUGAAGAAACAACAUCUGUAUCUGAUGAGAGAGAUGAGUUGAUAAAGACACUGAUUGCUCAUCAAGAAGAGAGCCAUCAACUGAAACAAAACAUAAGAGACCUUGAAGCUAAGGGUCUGGAAACACAAGAAGAACUGAAAAUUGCUCAGAUGAAUCUGAAGGAGCACCAAGAAACAAUUGACAAACUCAAAGACUGUAUUUCAGAGAAGACAGCUCAAGUGUCAGAGACUCAAGAAGCUCUAGAGAAAACUAAUGCUGAACUGCAGAGAAGGAUUCAAGAACUUGAGGAGAAAAAGGAGCAAGUCUUUAAUGUCAGAGAAGAAGUCACUGAAUCUCAGGAAAAAGUGAAUGAGGUAGAACAUUUGAAGGAACAGUUAAAAUCCAAAGAUUCUACCCUGGAGAGGAUGGAGAUGGAAAACCUGGAGCUGGCUCAGAAACUCCAGGCCAGUGUUGAAGAAACAACAUCUGUAACUGAGGAGAGAGAUGCCUUGUCAAAGGCACAGGAAGCUCUUCACAUAGAGAGAGACCAGCUGAAAGAAACCAUAAGGGACCUUGUAGCUAAGGAUCUGGAAAGACAAGAAGAACUGAAAAUUGCUCAGAUGAACCUGAAGGAGCACCAAGAGACAAUUGACAAACUAAAAGACUGUGUUUCAGAGAAGACAGCUCAAGUGUCAGAGACCCAAGAAGCUCUAGAGAAAACUAAUGCUGAACUGCAAGAAAAGAUUCAAGAACUGCAAGCCAAACAAGAGCAAAUGUUUAAUGUUAGAGAAGAAAUCAGUGAAGCUCAAGAAAAAAUGAAGGAAAUGGAACAAUUGAAGGAACAAUUAAAAUCCAAAGAUUCUGCCCUGGAGAGGAUAAAUUUGGAAAAGCUGGAGCUGUCUCAGAAACUCCAAGCCAGUCUUGAAAAGAAAACAUCUCUAACUGAGGAGAGAGAUGAAUUAACAAAGACACAAGAGGCUCUUCACAUAGAGAGGGACCAACUGAAAGAAACCAUUAGAGACCUCAUAGUUAAGGAUCAAGAAACACAAGAAGAACUAAAAUUUGCUGAGAUGUGCCUGAAGGAGCACCAAGAGACAAUCGAUAAACUAAAAGAGUGCAUAUCAGAGAAGACGGCUCAAGUAUCAAAGAGUCAAGAAGCUUUAGAGAAAACCAACGCAGAACUAAGGGAAAAGAUGCAACUGAUGACUGAUAAAUUAAAAGAGGAUCUGUCAGAAAAGGAAGCUCAGAUCCUCUGUAUUCAAGGAAAUCUAGAGAAAACACAUAAUGAAUUGCAACAAAAGACCCUAAAGCUUCAAGAAACAGAAGAGGUGCUUCUUAGUAUGAGAAGAGAGGUGAAUGAGACUAAGCUACAAAGACAAUCGCUAGGCCAUUUGGAGGAACAAUUAAAGAACAUGAAUCACACACUGUCCGUGGCACAGAGAGAGAAACUGGACUUGACUCAGAAACUUGAUUCAAGUCUUAGUAAAAUGAACACUGUCAUCAAGGAAAGAGAUGCCCUGAAAGAGACAGAGAAGUCUCUCCAAACAGAAAUAAACCAAUUGAAAGAAAGUCUAAAGAAGAGCAGAGUAGCGGACCAAGAGAAGCCGAAAGAGCUGAUAAACAUUGAAGCAAACACAGAAGAGGAAAUCAAACAACAUCCUAUUGAAAGUCUUAAAGAAAAGUACUUAAAGAUAAACGAACUUCUGAGGAAAUACACUUUGAUGAAAAAUCGCUGUGGGUUCCUGAGCAGAGUUUCCCUUGACUUGAAAAGGGCAUUUGAAAGCCAAAAUGAGCUCCAGGUCAAAGUUCAAGCAUGCCUUCCUCAGCAAACAAAAGCUGUUGGGAAACUUCUUGGUAGCAACUGGAUCUGUAAUAAUGAUCUCCACUCAAGUAGCAUGUGCAUACUGAAAAAACUCGAGGGUGUGUUAAAGCGUGUUUUAGAUAUAAGGGGAAAACAUCAUAAUACUGUCAACAAAUUUGAAAUGGAUUUAAUCGAGCAGGCAGAAAGGCAGCAUGAAUUGUUUAUUAAAAUACAGCAUCUUCAACAACACUCUGAGUUGGGAUCCCAAGAAUUAAGUGACUACAAAAAAUUGAGCCAAAAGAUGGAUCUACAUAUUGAGCAAAUUCUCGAGGAUGUUUCAGAGACUCAAAAUGAUAUCCACAACAUGGUGGCUGAAUUACAACAACUGUUAAAUGCUAAGAAAGAAAUUAUCUUGUUCCUGGAAAUGUGUUUAAGCACACAUCUUGAUGUGGAUAGUCUUAAAAAAAUAAUACAGGAGGAGAAUGAUAGGAUUGUUCAUGUGAAUAACUCGUAUCAUAAUAAAAUAAAGGCUAUCAUAAACGAAUCAUCCGAAUUUGAGGACAGAAGUGUUGCCGUAUGUAAAGCAUGGGAGCUUGAACUGAGACAAAUGAAGGACAAGAAUGAAGAAAUGCUCCAAGCCAUGAAGACAGCCCCUCUGCCAAUGGAUGACCCCGACACUCUGACUGUAGGAGAAAAUAAGAAACAUGAUCUUAAACUGAGGCACACAAGACAAACCACAAAGGAAAUUCAAGAAACUUCAUUUCAUGAAGACAAAGAAAAUAAGCAUAAGCAAGUGGAAAUUGAUCAAAUUCAGAAAAACCUUCAAGUAGUUAAAGUUUUGGGUAACAAACACCUUCAGAGUCAACAACCAGGGGUGCAAAGUAGUCAGGAUAUAAAAGCCGUGUCCAACAAAGAAAUUGAUGAUCUCAAGAUGAAAUUGGUGAAAUUGAACAUGGAAAAAAUGAAUGAGUCUAAGAAGUUCGAAAAAGAAAUUGCUUCUAAAACGGCCAUAAUAGAGCAUAAGGAAGAGAUCAUAAGCCAGCUGAAGGAAAAUCUGCGAAGAGCCCAACAAUGCAAUGACAUCUCGAUAUCAGAGCCAUCUGAUCAUGCCCAGGCUUCACACACACCUCUGACCUGUGGGGGUGGUAGUGGUAUCAUACAGAGCACAAAAGCAUUGAUUUUAAAGGCGGAUCGUGUGAGGCUUGAGAGAGAGAUUUGCAAGUUAAAGCAACAGAAUGAAUAUCUGACAAAUCAUCAGAGUCAGCUGUCAAGCACCAAUUUUCAUCUUGUCAGAGAAGUCAAAAAAUGGAAAGAGCGAGCCCUUCAAAAAGAAGCCCAAGAACUUAGUCAGGUCCAUUCUCCAAGAUCUCCUAAACUGACAGAAAGUACGUCCCAAAAGAGACAGUGCACAUCACCUCUGCAUGGAGAGCAGAUUUCACAGGAAACUUUGCCAAAGGAUUCACCAAAAUCUUGGGCGUGUGAUGGACGGUCAAAGUCUCUACCAGUCACUUCUCGGAAUAACUAUUUUGAUAAUUCCCGCCUAGGCUUACUCCCAGAAAUAGCUUUCAGUUCUACAAGUGAUCCUACAAAAGAAGCUCAAACUCCAAGAGAAGAAAAUGCAGGUUCUCUAUUGGAUCAGUGGCAGACAUCUUCAAGAAAAGACGCACCUGAAUGUAAAACCCAAUAAUCUCACGUUUACUGAUCAUGAACAUUCCAGGUUCUCCACAACACUUUUAUAGUUCAGCAUAUUUAUCCUGAACACUGCAUUCAUACUUUAGUUAAGCUUUAUGGUUUCUCUCACUGUGGCGCUAAUAUUACUGAAUAAAUGAAUAGGAAACAAGGUGCUAGAUCACUAAAGAACUGAUUAGAAUGGGAUCAAAAUGCUUGUUUCAUUUUUAAGUGUUGUAAUGCUUUUGAAAUAGAUUGAUAUUUAAAAGGAGCUUUGAUAGAAUACAAAAUUAUGGAAGGAAUUCCUCAGGCUAAGCAAUUGAAGGUGAGGAAAGCUGGCUUAUUUUAUAAUGGUCAUCUUUUUAAAAAUGUACACAUGUAAAAUUGUAAUGUAAAUUUCUUUCCUUUUGUACCUUGUAUUAUAAAAUCUGUACUCAUGUUACCUCCCCUACUACAGUAUAAACUCAAUGAUGGCAGGAAUU